CUAUCAUCAGUUAUUCUGCCAUCAAUGAGAUCUUAUUGUCCUCUUUCGUAUUUGCAGGUUCACAUGUCAAAAUCAUUGCAGCUACAUCAUCAGGGGGUGCCUUUGUUGUUCUUGUGUUGAUGGUGGCUACCGCACUCUAUCUUUCACUGAAGACAAGAUAUAACAGAGAGAUACAUUUGAAGGUUGAAAUGUUUCUCAAUACACAUGGAAAAUCAAAAACCACAAGGUACACUUUCGCUGAAGUUAAGAAGAUGGCGAGACGGUUCAAGGUUAACUUAGGACGUGGUGGAUAUGGAAGUGUAUACAAAGGCGAGCUACCAAAUGGAGUUCCUGUAGCUGUCAAGAUGCUAGAGAACUCUAUAGGAGAGGGACAGGAAUUCAUCAAUGAAGUUGCAACUAUUGGACUAAUCCACCAUACAAAUAUUGUCCGCCUCCUGGGAUAUUGCUAUGAAGGAACAAGACGGGCUCUUAUUUAUGAAUUCAUGCCUAACGAGUCACUGGAGAAAUACAUAUUCUCUCGCGACUCUAAUAUUUUUCAGACUCUCUUAGUACCUGAAAAAAUGCUAGAUAUUGCUUUAGGCAUUGCACGAGGAAUGGAAUAUCUACAUCAAGGAUGCAACCAGCGCAUUCUCCACUUUGACAUCAAGCCUCACAACAUCUUGCUGGACUACAACUUCAAUCCAAAGAUUUCAGACUUUGGCCUAGCAAAGCUGUGUGCCAGGGACCAAAGCAUCAUUACAUUAACUGCAGCAAGAGGCACAAUGGGCUAUAUUGCACCGGAGCUAUAUUCCCGGAACUUUGGGGGCAUAUCCCACAAGUCAGACGUGUAGAGUUUUGGCAUGCUGGUG